AUGGGAUUCGGUCAAAGCCCUGGGACCGCGAGCAGCAGUUCUGGCAGCAAUGGCAGCAACGGGGACCGCGGAAGCGUUUCUUUCAUCGGCAGCGGGGGAGUCUCGUUCUUCAAGUCUUUAUUCGAUUCGUCUCAGAAAGCAGCUACUAAGACGGUAGUGGUAGAGGAUGGCGACACGCUCUGGGACCUCUCCGUGAAAUUCGGCGUGGAUUGCGAACAGCUGCAGGCGUUUAACAAGCUGACGUCGGACACUAUUUACUCCGGGGACGUUCUUAAUAUCCCCGUGUCCCCCGCGCGCGUCUCCCUUUCUGAAACGGCGCAAAACUCUGCCGGAAACGCCUCCGCGCGCGUGUCCCUCUCCGCGCCCCCGCUGCUGACCCCCGCGCAAGCAACCACUUCCCCUUCACCCUCUUCCUCCCCCUACGCGCGAGAGUCUCCGCAGCCGUGCUUACGUGUCAGCACUACCGGCACCGCGACCGCGACCGCCAGCACCGCCAGCACCUCCAACACCGCCGCGGACAGCAGCCCCGAGGGCCUUCGCGAGAGCAGCGGGAGUAGCGGGAGCGGCGGUAGUAGCGGGAGCGGCGGGAGCAGCAGCAGCAGCGGGAGCAGCAGUGGGAGCGGGGGGAGCAGCGGGAUGGGCGAGAGCAGUGGGAGCGGCGCAAAUGCCUCGACUUUUAGCAAAAAUGAGAUUAAGACCAAGUCAGUCUUAGUCCGCGAUGGCGACACGGCGUGGGACAUUUCCCUGCGCUUCGGGCUUACUCUAGACGAGCUACUAUCUCUUAACGCGAGCAUCCCCGACCCGCUAUACCCCGGCGACGAGCUAUUGCUGCCUGCAGAUGCUGUGGAGAGGCCGCGCGCGCUGGUGGCGCUGGCAGGCGUGAAAGCGAAGGUGAAAGGCACGAUGCGCAAUGCCAACUUCUGGGACGUGUUCCCGCCGCCCAGGAGUGAGUUGGAAUGGGGUGGGGGACCCCUAUGUUUUAAAGAGUGGGUGAAAGGCACGAUGCGUAAUGCCAACUUCUGGGACGUGUUCCUGCCGCCCAGGAGAGUUGGGGAGAGCAGGGGGGGCGAGGGGGGGGGAGAUGUGGGGAGGGUGGGAGCGGGUGGUCUGAUGGACUGCUACUUCUGGGUGGUGCUGGUUAUGCUGCUAGUGGUGGCGCUGACAGGAGUGAAGGCGAAGGUGAAAGGCACGAUGCACAAUGCUAACUUCUGGGACGUGUUUCCGCCGCCCAGGAACAUUGACUCCUACCGCAAGCGAUACCGAGUGCUGCUGGACGCGAUGCCAUAUGUGGAGACCACCCACCAGUCAGCAUUCCCCUUCUCCCUUCACUAUCACCCCUCCCUCAGACAUCGAUUCCUACCGCAAGCGCUACCGGACAUCGAUUCCUACCGCAAGCGAUACCGCGUGCUGCUGGAUGCGAUGCGAUACGUGGAGACGAGCUUCAUUGAGCCCGCCCCUGUGGGGGAUGAUGGACUCUCCAUCGGGCCACUGCAGAUCAGAUAUGUGGAGACCAGCUUCAUUGAGCCCGCCCCUGUGGGGGAUGGUGGGCUCUAUAUUGACCCUCUGCAGAUCAGCAAUGACUAUCACACGGACGCCUGGUGGCUGGAGCACAGCCCGCCACUCUGCUACAAGGACUGCUGUUGUCUCUCAACCAUCUCACCAUUUCCCCGCCUCUCCCUCUCUCCCCCGCCACCAAUGACUAUCACACGGAUGCCUGGUGGCUAG